AGCCGCGGCCGAGGCCCGAGCGCUGACCGACUGAGCGGACGGCGGGCGCUUCGCUGCGGGCUGUUGGCCGCGCGGGCUGCUGGGCCGCGCACCUUCCUGCUCUUCGGCUCAGGUGCCCUUGGACAUGGUGGCCCCCGGCUCGGUGCGCAGCCGGCUGGGCGCGGUGUUCCCGUUCCUGCUUGUCCUGGUGGACCUGCAGUACGAAGGUGCUGAAUGUGGAGUAAAUGCAGAUGUAGAGAAGCAUCUUGAACUGGGAAAGAAGUUACUUGCAGCUGGACAGCUGGCCGAUGCCUUAUCUCAGUUUCAUGCUGCAGUCGAUGGUGACCCUGAUAACUAUAUUGCAUACUAUAGGAGAGCUACUGUCUUCUUAGCCAUGGGAAAAUCCAAAGCAGCACUGCCUGAUUUAACGAGAGUGAUUGAACUGAAGAUGGAUUUCACUGCGGCAAGAUUACAGAGAGGUCACUUACUACUCAAACAAGGAAGGCUCGCCGAAGCAGAGGAUGACUUUAAGAAAGUGCUCAAAUCUAAUCCAAGUGAGAAUGAAGAGAAGGAAGCCCAGUCUCAACUCGUAAAAGCCGAUGAGAUGCAGCGCCUGCGCGCCCAAGCACUCGAUGCCUUUGACAGCGCUGACUACACUGCGGCUAUAACCUUCCUUGAUGAGAUUUUAGAGGUUUGUGUUUGGGAUGCAGAAUUGCGUGAGCUGCGAGCAGAGUGCUUCAUAAAGGAAGGAGAGCCUAGGAAAGCCAUCAGUGACUUAAAGGCUGCUUCAAAGCUCAAGAAUGACAACACAGAGGCGUUUUACAAGAUCAGCAUUCUCUACUACCAGCUAGGAGACCACGAGCUGUCUCUCAGUGAAGUUCGUGAAUGUCUGAAACUUGACCAGGACCACAAGCGGUGUUUUGCACACUAUAAGCAAGUGAAGAAACUUAACAAGCUGAUUGGGUCAGCUGAAGAGCUGAUCAGAGAUGGGCGAUACACAGAUGCAACCAGCAAAUACGAAUCUGUCAUGAAGGCAGAGCCCAGUGUUGCUGAGUACACAGUCCGCUCCAAAGAAAGGAUCUGUCACUGCUUCUCCAAGGAUGAGAAGCCAGUCGAAGCCAUUAAAAUAUGCUCUGAAGUUUUACAGCUGGAGCCCGACAAUGUAAAUGCUCUGAAAGAUCGAGCGGAGGCCUAUCUAAUAGAGGAAAUGUAUGAUGAAGCCAUCCAGGACUAUGAAGCUGCCCAGGAACAGAACGAAAACGAUCAGCAGAUUCGGGAAGGCUUAGAGAAAGCCCAGCGGUUACUGAAACAGUCACAGAAGCGGGAUUAUUACAAAAUCCUGGGAGUAAAAAGAAAUGCCAAAAAACAAGAAAUCAUUAAAGCAUACCGAAAGUUAGCACUGCAGUGGCAUCCAGAUAAUUUCCAGAGUGAAGAGGAAAAGAAAAAAGCAGAGAAAAAGUUCAUUGACAUAGCAGCCGCUAAAGAAGUCCUCUCCGACCCAGAAAUGAGAAGGAAGUUUGAUGACGGAGAAGACCCUCUUGAUGCGGAGACUCAGCAAGGAGGUGGUAGCAAUCCCUUCCACAGAAGUUGGGACUCAUGGCAAGGGUUCAAUCCCUUCAGCUCAGGCGGACCGUUUAGAUUUAAAUUCCACUUCAAUUAAACCAGCUAUUUUACUGCUCCUCUUCUUUAUUAUUAUUUUUAACAUUAAAAACAAAUUUUGUUUGGGAUUCUAAUGGAAACAAAAUGGAACAAAUCUUUUAGUUUGUCUACGACCAAAGAGUUGUUUGAAGAAAAAAAGCUGUGCUUACUGUAGACUUAAGGUUGAUGGGGCUGUCAAGGUGGGAAGCAAGGAAUUGUAUUUCUGACAGAGCAGGACUCUCACUUUGUGACUUCUGGGAGAAGUAGUCUGAGGUAGUUACCCUGUGGAGGGGUUAAAAGGCAUUAAAUAUGCAUUUGUCACCCUGGGGCAGACAGAGUCUAUUCAGGCCUGUGUACCAACCAUGAGGAGGAGCUGUGAUCCUUAGAUGGCUUGUGUCUCAGUAUUCUUAAGGGAGCUGAAUAGUUGAGCUUUAUUUUCUGAGUAACAGUUGUGCUUAGACUUUGGUCAGUCCAUUCACUUGCAAGUAUUUCUGUGCCUGUGUCAGCACAGCUCUCACUGCAGGCAGGAGGCCAUCUUUUCGGAAGCUUCCGGGCAGGUGGUAGGUGAUAAGGCCAGGUGCAGACUCUGGCUCGGAGUGUUUUUGUUGUUAUUUUAUAUCUAUAGGAGAAUACCAAUUUCACUUGAAUUGUUAAACUAAACAGAGUAAGUUAAAAUAUAUGAAAGAGGCUCUGUGUAUUUUAGAUAAUACUUUUGAAAGUCAGUUUGACAUAUACUUUUUAAGAAGCGAAGUUCCAAGUUGUUUGGUAGAAAUUUCCUGUCACAAAAUUGGUUUAGGAAUGGAAAUUUGUGAACAUGAGCAGAGCAUAUGGUUGCCUCUUAGGCAGCGCGGUGAGGCAGCGUCUCCUUCCCUACACGUUUAGUCCAGCUGUCUUGGCUGUACUGUGUGCUGGGUUUUAGACUGGAUGUUCCCUGGUUUAUUUUUCUGCUGAGAAGAAGAGACUUGCAAAUCCAUCCAGCUCUGCUGUGCACCCUCUAUCACCUCACAUAACAAGAUGGCACUUCCUCCUGCCCGAGACAUUCUUUGUCCCUCUUACUUUAAGAAAUGUACUAUUCAGUAUCUUAUACUGAAGACUUUGUCCUAAAAAAUCUGUUGCUAAAUCAAGAACAUUGAAUAUUUAUGGAACUACUGAUGAAAUACUCUGGUAAGAAUUAUCACCUCUAUUCUAGAAAGUUUUUUUUUUUUGUUUUUUUUUUUUGUUUUUUUUGUUAACAUUGUGAGAGAGCUUGGGCAUAAAGGUCUAAUAUGUCGCUUUUAUGAAAUGAAACAUUUCAGUUGAUUGUGGGAGCACGAAUGUAGCCAAGCCCAGGUCAUUUUCUUAACCCGUAGUCAUCCUGGGGAGAUGUAGAAAAGGACUGUGUGAAAUGCAAGAACAAGAAUCGCACGGUUGAGUUGGGCAAACACGUGAGUGCUUUCGGCCUCACUCAGGAGCCUGUUCCUUACUGAACACCUAAUGGUGCAUUUCCAAACACCUUUCAGCCUUCAUCUCACCUCAGUGUCUCAACAUUCAGGGCAGGCAAGAAAGCGUGCAGCUUUUACCCUAGUAGAGACGGGCAGAGGCAGAUGGAUUCCUGAGAUUGAGGCAGCUUGGUUUACAGAGUGAGCUCCAUGCCAGGUCCUCUACCAAAUAUUCAGUUCAUCCAAGCCAGGGUGAGGCACUGCAGGGAGAUAAAACACUCUUGUGUUUUCAAGUCCUAAUAAUCUUACGCUAGCAACUUAUGUUGCAGUUGUCUUUCAGUCUGACUCCUUCUGUGAUGAUGUCACUGACAGUUGUGAAUUGGAGUGAUGGCAUCUGUGCGUGUGCUUUGCAAAGAGCCGUGCUCACCAGCAGAACAAAGGAGGCAUCACUGUGCUUCCCCUCCCACAUAGAGGGAUGCUGACAGGGUUAAAUUAAGGUGGGCUGCAUGGAUCCUGCAUGUGUCCCACAUUAGCUGCCUCCUAACUUGCUUCCCAGAGAGGUUUUUUUUUUUCUUUUCCCUCCUACUUGUAACUGAAGAGUAGGCUUUCUCAUUGCAAACUCUGGUGCCAAAGGCAGCUGCCACGCAGAUGAGGUAGUUCUGAGCGGUGAGAUAAGGAUGCCCAGUGUGUUCCAGCCUGCGUGCUGUCCCAGAGUCACAGUGUCAAACAGUGGCUCCUUCUACCUGCCUGACACUGGAUGGCAGGCACCAUGGAGCCACACUACCAACAAAGCAUUCUCUGCCCUUUUCCUUUUCUUUCUGCAGAACUGCUUCCGCAUUCCAAUUUCCAUUUUUAGGAAGUGCAGGUAACCUUUGUGGUAAUUCUGGGAAAAGUAUGAUUGAAGUUCACCUCGGCUGCACUCUGUUCUGUUCAUAGACUUUCCCUCCUUUGUGGUGAGCUUCCUAAGUGCAUGGCCACUGGGCUGUGUCUAGUGCUCAUUGCUCAGGAGGGAGGAGAAGCCUCUGCUAGAGGGGCCACUCCUCCUAUUUCACUUCUCAUUUCUAAAAGUUUACUCUUUCUAUGAAUAGAAGAAAACCUGAAAAACAUCUCGGUAGUUUAUUAAUGUGAAUUGGAUGUAACAUCUUAAUUUAAAAUUAUCUGUAGUCAGUGUUAAAAGUCUGUUUUUAAAUAGCAGUAUGCAGAUUUGUCACUGGAGUUCUGAUAAUGAAUGCAAUUUUUUUUUUUUAAACGUAAGCAGGCUCAUGCCUGUAGUCCCAGAAUGUGGGGCUGCAAUAGGAUGUCACUAGGACUUUAGGCCCCACUCAAAAAUACCAAAUUUAAACACACAUCCUCGAAAUGUGAGAGAGGACUAUGGAUAACUAAGUAAAAAAUGUCAGUAGUCACCAUUAUUCAUUCCUGGGUAUUCCUGUAAUAGCAAAGAAGUGGUCAGAAGCUGGCGUGUACCAGAAGGAGGUAAGCUGCACUAGUUAGACAUGGCUGUGCAGGCCCUCGUGUGCCGCCCUGUCUUACAGAUGCGUCUGGGUAACGGGAGUGAGGACGGCUUUCGUGAAUGUACUUGACCUUGCCGUAGUGAUGGAGGGAGGAGAGGAAAUGGUAACCUCUAAUCUGAUCUUCUUCCAGGUCGUAUCAUUCCUUUUCUAGUAGUGGCAGCAUUUAUUCUGUAAUUUCAAAUGAUGUUAAAGGGGGGGAGGUAUUUUUUUUUUUAAUAGAUGAUCUCAUUUGCUGAAUGAUUUAAGAGUAAAAUUAGCCACUGCGUGGCUCUGUGUACAGUAACGACAGGUUUCAUUGCACUGUCUGUGGUUGAGAUACCUGUGCAAAGAGAUGUGGGCACAGGGGAGGUAAACAUUAGAGACGUUUGAUAAAUUAUUACUCUUACCUUUAUAUUUGUUUUAAAUGGUACAAACCUGACUUAAUCCAUCUCAAUUUAGUGUUUUAAUACAAAAGGAACUAAAAUUAUUUCAACUGGGGCUUACACAUGUCAAUGAAUAUGGGCAGUAUUUUUAUGCCCGUGUAUUUUCACAUUUAAUAAAAAUAUUUAUGGUCAUAUCCACCAC